AUGACAUUAUUCGUGAUUAUUCGUUUGCUUCGUGUAAAUUUUGUGAUGUUAAAAUUUUAAAUCCGUCUGUUUAUCAAUGAAUAUGGUUUACAUUAACAGAUAAUGGUUAUACGUGUUUUUUGGCUAUUUUGCUACAAACAAUAAUAGUGAUUUAUAAGUAAAUUAUCGUGUAUUUUCGUUAUAAUGGAGGAUCUCAAUUUGACAGAGACCGAAAUGAGAUAUUUCGGUGAUUUGUUUUUGUGUUGUGACGAGGAAUCCAACGGGAAAAUACCGAUAUUAAAGGCGACAGAGUUAUUUAGAUCUUCUAAUAUACCGAAUGAUAUAUUGCGACAGAUCAUGGAUAUUAGCGUGGCGCCGAACACUUGUGCAUCAUUGAAUCAUAUGAAUAGGAAACAGUUUUAUUCUGCCCUAAAAUUAAUAGCUGCACAUCAAACUAAUAUGACUCUUAAGCCUGAUCUUCUUUCUACUCCUUUGGACCUUCCACUGCCUAGAUUUACAUGGACUUUAAAUUCCGAUGCUAAUGCGGACCUAAUUCAGUUAUCUCAUUCUCCUAAAGAGCAACAUAUUCCUAAAAGAGAGAGGAAUUUUGGUGGAAAUCUGGCGUAUGAACCGAUACGAGUAUCCUCUAACUUGUCAGACAGUGAUGUUCCUCAGGCCCUAUCACAUGAUGCUACAGAAGCGCUGAGCACAGAUUCAGAAAUGGAGUCUGAAACUAUGUCACAAAGAUCAGGGUCACUUGGGAGGAGAGCGAAAGCCGGGUCACCGUGGAGUACGGCCAGUGAAAGCCCCACUCCUACCAACAGCGUAGCGGAGCGAGUGCAUCCAGUGUGGGAGCACAGCGUCACAGGGCGGGGGGUUUGGCCCACCAACACUGCUGAAGAACACACAAGGCUAUUAGGUACGGAAGAGGAGUCAUCAGACCGCCACUCGUCGGAGGAGGAUGGCGAGGAGGGUGACAGUAGCGAGGAGAUGUUCGCGAUCAGUGAAGUGCAGGCGCGGCACUACGCGGCGCAGUUCGCGCAGCUGCGGCCCGAGCGCGGCCUGCUGUCCGGACAGACUGCCAGAUUAUUCUUUGAAAAGUCGCGCCUGUCCGUGCCAGAUCUACGGAAAAUCUGGCAACUCUCUGAUAUCACAAAAGACGGUAUGUUAACACUCGAGGAGUUCAGUAUAGCCAUGCACCUCAUUGUGCUUAGGCGGAACGGCAUCCCUGUACCAGAUGUCCUGCCCGCCUGCCUCGUGCCCAAGGUCGACUCGCAGUUUUCCCAACAGGCCAUCACAACCGACCUAGUCGACUUAGGCUCGGAUAUGUUCGGCUCCGGGACCUCCGCUGACUUCAACUUUGCGCCCAAACCAGAAGUCAACGACCCGUACGAGAGCAAACCCGCCAAAAAGUCUGAGGAGCGACAACCCUCCCUUUCCCCUCCUAAACCAGAGCCCCAAGUUAAUAACAAGGAGUGGACGAAGUUCGUCGACUCACCCACGUCGAGCGUUUCAAGCCCCGGCCCGAAGCCGGUUAACUUCGACUUCCACAAGUCCGCCCUCGAGAGGGACCCAAAAAUAUUCCAUCCGGUAGCGUUACGCGUUACACCCGACGCGAAUACUCUUCCGCACGACGGUGACUUACGGUCCAGCACGUCCCCUCGUCGGGACGAUUUCGCGCACGCGUUCGAACUCGCGAGCCCAAAACGGCUCAACUCCCAACCUCCUGCCGAGCAGCCUCCAAACGGCACAUCAGAAAUUAAAUCCAUUCAACGACCGCAACCCAAAAAACCAGUGAAAAACGCCGGGGUGCUACCCCCACCGCCCGCCAGAGAAUCUUCCGUUCACGCAGACGAGGGCCCGCAGUCCUUACAAUACGCGCCAAAGAAAGACCCUCCUCCCCCGCCUCCGCCGCGACCGAUACGAAAUCACACGCGUUCAAGUUCGCUAGAUUUGAAUCGUUUCAAAGGCGCUCCGGCUCCCCCGCCGCAGCCGCCGCCGAGAAUGUCUCCUUCGGCCACAUCUCCGCCCGCCCGGCGUCUCGUGAACCAACGAAGCGAAGGCGAACCGGCGUUUCCACCGGACGCGUUCGCCCCGCGGGAAUACGAAGGCGAAGGCUUCGGGUACAAUAGGGAAGACGCACCAAAAAUGCACGGGGCUUUCGAAGUAUACCGUAAACCGUCGCGGGAAUCCUCCUGCGAGGCGGAUCCUGAUAUAAAAUCUCUCCAGGAGCAGAACGCUGUGCUGCAUCGUGUGUGCCGCGCUCUUUGUGCGGAGCUGGCGGACGUGCAAAGGGAACGUGAGGGUUUACGCGUUCGACUCGAUACGAAUUCGACCCCCGUCUAGUCAUCCUUUUUGCAUUGACUCCCUUUUUUGUCUGAAAUAGACCGGGUUCGACUACUCGGUCGUUCUAAAACUAACGAGUAGAAAAACAGGUGUCAUUCUGCUAUAAAAAAUCAACGCGCACUCGCUUCUGGUUUAGACCGAUUGACUGUAUUGCGAAUAAUGUGACCUUUGUCAACUUCGGCAAUUCGACUUGUAUAUUACUUGAUUUUCGUCCUCGUGUUUAAUACUUUAUUAUACCUACCCAAUUGUGUAAUCUCAUACGAAAAUUUAGAUUUUCUUCUCACAAUUAUUAUCGUUUAUAUUUUGUUGUAUUCCAAAACGGCUUAACUGUCUCUGGUCCUAGCUGUUAAACGAGAUAAAUGACUUUUAAAAUAUUAAAUGUUAUAAAAACUAUCGGCAUCGUUAUUACUUGUAAGAUUGUGAAUUUAGUUUUAGUGAUGUGUAGUGGUUUAAGUAUUUAAUCGGGUUUCCUAAAAUUUUUGAACGCGUCGA